CAGUCAGUACAUACAUUGACUACCUGGACCGCCGCUGUGCAAUAACAUCACAGUAUCAUCCUCAUUGCCAGUGGGCUGCAAGCUGGCUACACUUGGACAGAUGUCUAUCGCUGCCUGGUACAACGCCCAAUACGCCAAUUCUCCCCUCUCGCGCACCGCCCGCGCCCGUAUGGUACCCUUCGUUCCUGAUCGGAACAACCCUAUCCAGCUCCAGCUCACGCGACUCAGCACCCAGCACCGGCCUCCUACACCCAUGCCUCCCCCUGACGGGCACAGACAGCGAGCUGGCCAAGGGCAGGGGGACGUUGACGAGCUCUACCCGGGGGUGAACGCUGCUCGUGAGCAGGCGGCAGAACAGGCACGUAGGAAGGAGGAAGAGAAGAAGGAGAAGAUACUUUUUGGCCCGUUGGUAGGGAGCCAGGGGGCGGAGGAGAAGAGGAAGUGGGGCGUCAGUGGCGAGGAGAGGGAGGAGGUGGCUAAAGAGGUCCUUAAGGGGUGGGUGGAGCGCAGUUCCGAAUCCAGCACUCCUACAACGACACUGCAAGCGCUGACGAACCUCAAACGGCCCUCGAUCCGUCUUUCCCCCCUUCACCCACCAAGCGACAGCACCGGGCCCGACCCUCUCGCGCCCCACAUCCUCGAAUUCUCAUACGACGCCGACUGCCCCCAAGUGAGCAUCUCCAUCCGCGUCCUACCGCCUACGAACCAGGCUCCGGACGGAGCGAGCCUCAAGGCCGAGGGAGAAGAAGUGUUUUCCCUUCAGGCGAAAGGAGGGUUUGGACAGCUCUUGACGGCGGAGUGUAAUGCCCUCAUCGAGCUAGGACGGUAUGAGCAGCCUCUGGUGCAAGGUCCUGCUUCUCCUAGUCUGGGCACACCGGGUGGCUCACCACCCGCUGUCUCCCCCUCCGGGUCCCAGUUAGCACUAGCGAACCGCGCAGACAACAGCCCGUCUCCAAACGCGGGUUCUCCCUCUCCUCCGGCCGGAGGAGCGCAGGGAAGAAGACGUUUCUCCUUCCUCCUCCCGAAUCGGCAUAGGCAGAGCACACACAUCGUUUCCCCCUCUCCGGUGAGAGCUAGGGGACCGGCCGUGCCCGUGGUGGACAAUACGGCCCACCCGCCGAGAGUGGACCCGGGGAUCUCCCCUGCCCUGGCGGCGCAGCUUGGGUUCCAGGUCGUGGAUAGGCAGGAACAGGAACGGGAGAAACAGCGCGAGCAGGAAAGGAUGGAAGAGGAGCGGAGCGGUGUCAGGAUCGGCAUUUGGCUCGAAGCGCUUGACAUGAACGGCAACAAACUCACUACAAGGAACGCACAGGCUACGGUGCUCCAUGUACACCGGGUUGGCCAUCAGCCUGGGUCUCCUGCCCCCCCUGUUGCUCAGCCUACAGAAGGCGAGCUCGAGAGCGGGUUAGCUCAGCCACGUUUAGCUGUUACGCCCGACGGACAGAGAGUCGACCUCAGACCGUGGCUAGUCAGGGUCGUGCAUCGCGAGGCUGUCAUCGGAAGGCACGCAUUCACCCUACACGAGAUCUACGGUCUCGCCUCGGGCACGUCGGACCAAUCCGCCUCCCCCCCUCCGCCGGCUAUCCAUUCCUACCCGCCUACCCAGCCCGUACCGGCAAUCGACACCACCUCCUCUGCUCCAGAAUGUAUCCUCUGUCUCUCCUCGCCGAGGAGCGUAGUGCUCAUGCCCUGCCGGCAUCUGGUCGCGUGCAAAGAGUGUGCGCUGAACAUGCUCGAGUUUGGCGCUGGAGGGCAGAUACAGCAGCCUGUUGAGGACCCUGGUGACCAGGGCGCGGGAGAGGGAAGCGCUCCCCAGACAGGGAACGGGGAUGGCGCUGCUGGAGGGAUCAAUUUGGGUAUUGGGAGCGGGAGACCGGAGAGGAGAAGGAAACGGAAAGUCAAAGGUUGGUUCUGCCCUGUUUGCAGGCAACCAUAUACGUCCAUGCUGCGGAUUUCCGCUGCGGCUCCUUCAGGCGAACUGGUCGCGGAGAUCGACGACGGCCCGCAGAAAGAGGCCGAAUCGUACGUCCACGCCCAGCGCGCGAGCACGAGCACUGUCCCUGCCGGGUGGAAGCAUGAGGACAGGUCUUCACCUACUUUACCUGGGUCUGUUGAUGCCCAGAUCUCGGCUGACGAGGAGGGCGAGGCGCCCCCUGCUGAGCUGGCGGGGAUGCGUGAUGACCAACAGGAGCAGGAGCAGGAGCAGGAGCAGGAACAGGAGGGGGAACAGGAACAAGCUCAGGCAGAGGAAGAAUACGCCACCGCUCCUGCUACUCCUACGCGCGCGACGCCUCCAGACUCUGUCAACGAGGAACCGCAAUCUCACUGAAAAUUUCAAGUGUAUGUGUAGUUGGGAUCACUUUCCUCACUACGUAUCGAGUUCAUCAGAGUCCCUAGACCAUCCCUUAUUUUCCCACACCCCUACCCUUCCGCUCUGAUAACUUGUCUUUCGCCCUCGUGUCACUAAUCUUCCUAUUUGUU